AUGCAAAGAUUCGGUUAUCGUCUUCGGUCGAACGACGUUUCGCACAGUGGCGAAUCUCUCAGUGUCUUCCCCUCUCCCCAAGUAGCUAAUUUUGGUCUAGAGCCCGUGGGGCCUGCCGGGACAUUGCCUGGCACCCAUCAGGUGUUUUCGGAAAAAAGCAGUUUUUUUCGAACAUCCACGCCGAUCAAAUUCGUAGUCUCCAGCCGGACAGACGCGGGGGUGCAUGCCGUAUGUAACACUGCCCACUUUGAUAUAGAGAGGAAACCGGGGUGGCCUCCUUUCUUCGAAAACGCCCUUGUCAAGUCUCUUAACCUCUCCCUCAAGUCUGAGCCAAUCCGCAUUCUGGGUGUCCGCCGCGUUCCCGACACUUUCCACGCCCGCUUCUCAGCCUUGUCAAGGACCUAUGUUUAUCGGGUGGCUACAGGCUGUUCCUACCCAUUCGAGAUGCCAGUCUUCGAGCAGAACCUGUGCUGGGCAACGUGUAGAGGCCACCUGAACCUCUCAGCCAUGCAGGAGGCAGCGGCGUUCCUGGCAGGCACCCACGACUUCAGCACCUUCCGCUCGGCCAGCAACGAGCAACCCGUGAGAAGCCCUGUCCGGACCCUGACGCGGGCGGAAGUCAGACCCUCCUCCGGUUUCCUCUUGCAUCACAGCCAGGACAGAGAGCUGAGGUUUUGGGAGCUGGAAUUCCAAGGCCGGUCAUUUCUCUACAAGCAGGUGCGGCGGAUGGCCGGCGUGCUGGUGGCCGUGGGGCAGAACCGACUGCAGCCCCACCACGUGAAGAGUCUCCUGGAGGCCAGGGACCUGAUGGCUUAUCCCCUGAACACCAUCGCGCCAGCCCAGGGGCUCUUUCUCAAGGAGGUGGAGUACUGCGAAGAUGAUUUGGAGACAGGAACGACAGAGGUAGAAUUACAGUCCGGUUGUAUGGACCACGAACCCGUGGAAGAACACUAGUGCCAUUUCGGGGGGGUAGUCUAGGAGUGCACCCUGUUUGCCCCUUAGGCAUGUCAGUCCCCCCCCCCCCAUCUGCAGGUCAUUGCCGAUACAGACAUGAGCAUCUCUCUGCAAAACAAGCCAGCGCUGCCUGGAGGAAAACGCAGCCCUAAAAUGAGGGGAAAACGAGACUGAAACUCAAGCCGUAAGCCUGGGUUGUCUACUUUGCGGCCGUCCGACAGAAUUUGCGCUGCUGGGCAGAACGCAUUGCACUUGGGAUUUUGAGAUUGAUUUUGUACGAAGCGAGCACCUAGUCCUUCUCGGGGCAGCGAUGGGUUUGGGGAGAUAUGGGGUGCAGAACAGGUCCUGGAAGAGCACAGCUCCUGGCUGACUCCCUGGGAUGGCUGAGCAGCUGCUCUCGCACAGCGGCAAAGGGGGUGAGCUGAGAAGCGGGAGACCCCCGGACGGAUUCUCGCCUCUGCACCCUGCUCCCAAGCCGGCCUCGGGCAAACCGCUCCUGUGUCACAGCCGCCGCAGAACUGGGCUAUCUUGUCAGGUUGUUGUUAUUGUUGCUGCGGGGAGCUUCCCGAAAUGGUGCACACUGACUGCUCCGAAUCGUCUGAAGUGCUAGUUGAACGCUAAAGGUUAUUUAAAAAGAACUGGCACAAAGUAAGAGAGUGGUGCGUCUUGCCAAAAAUAAAAAGUGCUUUUAAGU